AUGGCCUCAUCGUCACCCUUUGUGGCAGGCGCUGGAUCUGGCGGAGCUGGUGAUAUCAGUCCAGAUCAAGGCCGUCCAAGUAGUGGUGAGCUGAGUGUGCCUGGUACCUCGACUUCCGGAGGAGUGAGUGACGUUCCGGUCACGCCACAUGAGCAAGAAGCGCCAGUCAAUACAGGAGGUCUACAGGAUCAAGCCCCUUCCCAAGAUGCUACCAACCUAGGAGGACCACAAGCCAUCAGCCACACUGCUUCAUUGUCUGACCAAGCGGCUUCACAAAGCCAGAUCACAAAUAUUCAGCAAAAUAGCAUUGUCCCAACUGGUCUGGUGUCUACGUCCGGUUAUCGUACCCGAUCUUCCACACAGUCUUUGCCAGCCGCAAACACUCGGUAUACACCCCUUCCCGCCGCAACAAAGACUGAUCCUGCUGUCAAGCGUGGACGUGGACGAGCACAAAAUCAUCCUUCGCAAGCCGCCCCACAAGCACCACCUCCAAACACUGCUGCUACAUCCGGCCAGGCAUAUCCCACCCUCUCCGCUACAAAUACUACAGCGAUUCAGGCUCCAGUCCCUCCAUCUUCGAGUGCAUCCUCGAUUACCAGUACUGUUGCUCCCUAUCCUCAAGCAGCCCCUCUCCCAGCCUUACCUCCAUAUGUUCAAUCUUCAGCACCGGCCGCCUCAACGCCUGUUCAGGAUCCUGUCAGCUCUCAAACGAUUACUCAGGUGCAAUUGGCUCUACUCAACGAGCUCCUGGCAAUAUAUUACGCUCGUCUUCCGACGUUCUCCACCUUCCCUUCUGGCCAACCAUACCCAUAUCCAGCGCCUCGUGUUGUAAUUGGACCCCUGGCCGAUCGGUACCCGUACACUAGCUCGCUCGGAUCCGACACCAUGGGGACCCAACCACAAUAUCCACCCUACGGCAACCCUCCUUUCCCACUCAACGCCUAUCUCGGCCGAGACCUCAACAAUGGCCCCGGCUUCCCAUCAAUGGCAGUCACCGGCGGACCGUCAAUGGCCUGCUUCCAGCGCAGUGCGGCUGAUGCUCGCGUCGAUGUUGGGUUUGGGCCGGGAAUUGAGAUUGCCGACGAGUUCAAGGCGUUGGCGGAGAGAUCCGCUCUGACUCCCUCAACCACAAAAGCUCUCAUUGAUGCCGGCUACAAAAUCAAUGUUGAGCGGAGUCCUCAAAGAAUCUUCGAUGACAUGGAAUACGAGGAAGUGGGAGCCACAUUAGUACCAGAGAACACUUGGCGUGAUGCCCCUGAGGACAACAUCAUCAUUGGUCUCAAGGAGCUGCCAGUCGAGACGUUCCCUCUUAAGCACGUACAUGUCCAAUUCGCCCACUGUUACAAGCAACAAGCAGGAUGGGAAAAGGUUCUUGCUAGAUUUGCUCGCGGAAACGGAGUUCUUCUAGACCUCGAAUUUCUGACCGACUCGAACGGAAGGAGAGUGGCAGCAUUUGGGUAUCACGCUGGGUUCGCUGGGGCAUGGCAAAUCAACCACAAGGACCAGCCACUUCCCUCUGUGUCAUCGUAUCCCAACGAGGACGACUUGAUCGCCGACGUUAAAAAGGCUAUCGCACAAGGAACCGAGAAGACCGGCAAGGCACCAAAAGUGCUUAUUAUUGGAGCGUUAGGACGUUGUGGUAGUGGUGCAGUUGACCUUUGCUCGAGAGCUGGUGUCCCAACUGAGAACAUCCUUAGAUGGGAUAUGGCGGAGACAGCUAAGGGUGGCCCCUUUCCAGAGAUCGUCGAGAGCGACAUCUUCAUCAACUGCAUAUACCUCACUUCCAAGAUCCCCAACUUCGUCGAUCUACCAUCGCUCGACACGCCGAAUCGCAAGCUGUCCGUCGUCUGCGACGUCUCCGCAGACACGACAAACCCAAACAACCCGAUCCCCAUCUACACGGUCGCAACCACAUUCGACAAGCCCACCGUCCCAGUCGAGGUCAAGGGCGAGCCACCACUGAGCGUGAUCAGCAUUGACCAUCUGCCGAGCUUGCUGCCCAGAGAGGCCAGUGAGGCCUUCAGCAACGACCUACUGCCGCAUCUGUUGCGGCUCAAGGAUUGGAGGAGCGAUCCCGUCUGGGCGCGCGCCGAGAAGCUGUUCCGGGAAAAGGUUUCCACUUUGCCAGAGAGCGAGUUGUGA